GUUUAACGUAUGACUUGUCAGCGACUUCUAAUUUAGCACCUCUGCGCUAUCACUGAGACAUCAGAGCUGUAAUAAAUAACGCAGAAAUCUGCUGAUUGUGAGAACAUUGAAAACUACCUUGCAAGUACUCCCUAAAUGUUCUCUGCGUUUUCCACGUAAAGUAUUCCAGACCUGUUAUCGUUGGAAACAUCCUCGGGAACCCAGCUGCAACCAGAAUGGGGUUUUUCUUCCGAUUCUUCUUCUAUGGAACGAUUAUUUCCGGCAUCACCCUUCUGGCGCUGUCUUUAUUGACUUUCUCAGACGUCUGCAGAGUCAUUCACAACCAUGCUCCAGGCCCUUGUAAUCUAAUCGAUGGAAUGGAAAUUGGUAGCGAGGAUGUGGACAUUCUUCCGAACGGAAUAGCCAUUUUUAGCACGGGUGUCACCUGGUCCCGAAAAUACCAAAGUGCAAGAACUGAAGCAUCUGGAUUUGCAACAUUUAAUAUCUCGACACCUAACCAACCAGCGAAAAAACUUAAAAUAAAUGGUUUUAAGGGACAUCCGAAUUUUCAUGGCAUCAGUUUAUACGGAGAGAACGGGAAAGUUUAUCUGUAUGCAAUAAAUCAUGCCCCAUUCAACGAACACCCGCCCGCCGACACGGUAGAAAAGUUUUUAUUGGACAUAGAAAAAGGAGUGCUUAGUCAUGAAAAAACCUUUACGGAUCCUGAAUUUGUGGGGUUGAAUGACUUGACAGUCGUGGGGAUGGAUCGGUUUUACGCAUCUAAUGCGGAGACGUUUAAGAGCAAGAUAUUAAGAGAAAUCGAGUUGUUCCUCUUUUUUAUUCCGGCACAGAAUGUUGUUUAUUACGAUGGCCAAAAGGCCAGUGUGGUAUUACCUGGAAUGUUCGGAGCAAACGGACUCGACGUUUCUCCAGAUCGCAAGUUUUUGUAUGUUUCGGAAAUUUCCAAGAAACGCGUCAGUUCAUAUCGAAUUCAGAGUCCGACCGACCUUAUAUGGCACGACUCGAAAUACUUGGGAACGAUACCGGACAAUAUCAACGUUAAUCACCGAACAGGUGAUUUAUGGAUUGGAGCCCAUCCUGCCGCCUUACAAUUAGUAAUGAGACUCACGGCUCCAUCAGGAACACACACGAGCCCGAGCCAGGUCUUGCGAGUGAUAGUAAAAGAUGGAAAGUUUACGGAAUCGUACGAGAUGUUUGCCGAUAAUGGCCAUCAGCUUGUUGGGAGUUCAGCCGCGGCGUAUCAUAAAGGAAAAAACAUGUUUGUAAUUGGAACAAUCGACCAUAAAGCGAUGUUUUGCAAAUGUGAUACCUGUCCUAAUUUGAGUUUGGUUUUACAGAUCACUUCACAAGUUAGAGAAGUUACCACGAAUGAUAUUCCCCAAGUUCUAUACAAAAACGCUUUCUUUUUAUCAAAUAUGGGAUUCUUUUUCAGAUUGUUUGUCUAUGGCAGUGCAUUGUCAUCUUUCACUGUUUUCGUGUUAUCUUACUUGAAUUACCUGGACAUGUACAGGAUUGUCCACAAUCAUACACCCGGUCCGUGUCACAUCAUCCCCGGAAUAAACGACGGUUCGGAAGAUGUGGAUAUUCUUCCCAAUGGAAUGGCUAUUUUUAGCACGGGCCUCCGAUGGUCAAAGACGCAGCCGGAAACAGCGGAGCCGUCGGGUUUUGUGGCGCUAAACAUUUCGACACCUGAAAAACCCUCACAAAGGCUAAAAAUCAACGGCUAUAAGGGCCAUCUUAAUUUUCAUGGAAUAAGCCUGUAUGUACAAGAUGGCAAAAUCUAUUUGUAUGCGGUGAAUCAUCCUCCCUUCAAUGAUCAUCCACCGGCGGACACCGUGGAAAAAUUCUCUUGGGACGUAGAUAAAGGCAUCCUUCACCAUGAAAAGACUUUCAGCGAUCCUGAAUUUGUGGGACUCAAUGAUUUGGUCGUCGUGAGGAUGGACCAGUUCUACAUAUCGAAUAUGCAGACAUUCAAGAAUAAAUUUCUGCGGGAAUUCGAAAUGACCUAUCUGUACUUUGUUCCGGCUCAAAACGUCCUGUACUACGACGGUAAGGAGGCCACUGUGGUACUGUCGGGAGUAUUUGGCGCCAAUGGAGUGGACGUAUCCCCUGACCAGAAGUUUCUCUACCUGGCGGAGUUCACAAAAAAACGGAUUAGAUCGUAUCGCAUCGAAAAUCCAACCACUCUUGUUCCAGAAGAUUCGAAAUUCCUGGGUACGAACCCAGAUAAUAUUAAUGUCAACCAUCGAACGGGUGAUUUAUGGAUUGGAGCUCAUCCCAGCCUUCAUCAGCUUUUGAAGAGACUGGCCUCCAGUUCUACCCCGCGAUCUACCAGCUCGAGCCAGGUAAUACGAGUAACAACGAAAGAUGGAAAAUUUCUGGAGACGAGUGAAAUCUUCGCUGAUAACGGCCAGCAACUUAGUGGAAGCUCAAGUGCUGCUUUCCACAAAGGAAAAAAUGUAUUUAUCGUCGGAACAGUUGACGGUGGUGCUUUGUUUUGCAAGUGCCUGACAUGUCCACAGUGACAGGACGUUGUUUCGUAGCUUUCUCUAUGUGUCAUUCGUGGUCAGUAAAUUUCAUUUAAACUUGUCUAUAGUGGUGAAGGGUUUCUGUGAGAAGUAGGGAAUUUUCAUUCGUGGAUGUUACUCUGUGUGGAAGUAAAUGCAAGCAUGAA